AAUUAGCGACAUUGAUUGCAAAUUUUUGCGAGUGUGCAGUGAGUUGAACUAAUAGUGCGGUGAUUCUAUACGCGUCGAAAAAUUUUGUCAUCUGCGAGAUAUGAGAUACGAGCUCUACCAUGGUCGUCGUGAUGUCAUCGGCGAUUGCUCUGAUUGAGGAUUUCUCGAAGGAUACAUUAGGAAGGUUGCGUAUUCGGUACGUGAUGCCGGCGGCGCAUCUGACGCUGCGCGAGGAGGACGUGGUGAGACUGACCUUGGAGUUUCUCCAUAGCCGCGACCUUCACAUCUCGCAGCUCUCGCUCGAGCGUGAGACCGGCGUGAUAAACGGCCAGUACAGCGACGAUGUGCUUUUCCUGCGCCAACUAAUUCUCGAUGGACAAUGGGACGACGUGCUCGAGUUCAUCCAGCCGCUGGAAGCGCUGUCGGAUUUCGACAUGAGGAAAUUCACGUAUUCGAUCUUGCGCCACAAAUACGUCGAGCUGCUGUGCAUCAAGUCCGAGGCGAACGUCAUAGCUGCUGGUACGAAUGGCAGCGUCGACAAUGCCGUGGAGGAGGUCGUCAAGGUGUUAAGCGAUCUCGAAAAAGUCGCGCCUUCCAAGGAGGAAUACAGCAGUCUGUGUCUGUUACUCACUUUGCCGCGAUUGACGGAUCACUUGCAAUACAAGGACUGGAAUCCUAGUAAUGCAAGAGUGCAAUGUUUCCGGGAGGUUCAUCCUUUGGUAGAGAAAUUCCUGCCCGGUGACAGGAAAAACGUUGAUCCCGCACACCCGAUUACCUCGGCAAAAAAUGAUCGACUCAUUCAGCUUAUCAUCAAGGGCAUCUUGUAUGAAUCCUGCGUAAAUUAUUGUCAAGCAAAAGCUACUGGGUCGAAAGAGAGCGAACAGGUAGAAAUGAGUUUUUCGAGGCUACUAGAUGGCUCCGUGGGCUUCAGUGAUUCGGACUUAAGCUUGCUCUCGUGGCUUCAAAGUAUACCUCCUGAAACGUUCGCCGUACCUUUCGCACAAAGAACCUUAAACGUUGACGUCGAGCGUCUGGAAAGGCCUUCUUUAGAGACCUCGUGGACGGAACACAUGCUGAUAACGCCGAUCAAACCGAAGACUUUCCCGCACAGCGCUAUGCCAUUCACCAGGCCGAGAUCUGCCGCGGACAUGAUGUCUCGUAGCUUAGUUCCGGCUUUAGAGGCUGGCCUUGGGCCUAGGAGUCCCAAAAACACAUAUAUACCAUCGGCGGCGCUUAUGGCGCUAUCCGUCGGUGAUGUAAAUCCGAUGUCUAGGUCAUCUUUCGCUAGCUUCCAUUUGACUGGUUUUAAAAACAAUAAAUUGAUGAAUACUAGCGUCGAUAGGCUCUUCGAGAAUGAGGGUGAUGUCUUCCUUAGCUCGAGUUAUGCCGAGUUCCAACAGCUACCCUCGAUACAAGAGACUAUGACGAAUGCUCAACCUAAGGCUCCGCCGAGAACGAGGGGACACUCCAAAAGUCCUGAUGGUGUGGACGUGGACCCUUCAGCGACAUCCACGCCGGAACGUAGAAUGCCUGGAAGGGAAUCGCCGGCGCCCUCGACUGCCAGGAGUUCCAGAAGAGAUUCUUUAGCGGAUAAACCGACAGGAGUCGCAGCCAAAAUUACAGACUCAACUGCGAUACCGGUUAGAGCAAUGGUGGUUCCUAGCGAUAAUAUUGAACAAAGUUACAACGGUGGCUUAUUUAAGGAAUAUCAAAAACAGAAGCAGAGAUUACAAGAAACUAUCCAACAAAAGGAAAGAGAGAGGGACGAAUUAGUCAGGCAGCUAGCUGCACCGUUACCUAUGCAAGUAGCAGAUAAUAGACUUCAGGGAGAAGGGAUAAAGCAGCCUUUGGGAAGUAAAGGACCUUCGCCCAUUCACACGAGUGCACCUGUCCGGUCUGGAAUCCAGUCGCCAAAGCCCACGAUCAAUGGAUCGGAUCCAAUCGCAAGGCAAAACUCGGUGUCAAGCGGCAUUUACGAUUCAAGGGUCUCGGAAGGACAUUACGACGUCAUCAAAUCGAAGCAGGAGCCGAGACCGGAACUCGACACGAGCAAUGGAAGCAGCAACGGCGGCGGAAGGCCGCACUUUGUUCCCGUCACCGCCCUGGAGGACGUGCAGGCGAUACGCUGCGCCGAAUUUCACCCCCAUGGGAAGCUGUACGCCGUGGGAUCGAACUCGAAAACGUUACGAAUAUGCGCCUACCCAAAGUUGCACGAUGUCAGGGAAGAUCAUCAGACAUAUCAACCCACCGUUCUCUUUAAGAGAACGAAACAUCACAAGGGUUCCAUAUAUUGUCUCGCAUGGACACCAGACGGUCGGCUGAUUGCAACCGGAAGCAACGACAAAACCGUCAAGUUAAUGCGCUUUAACGCCGAUACUUCGAAUCUUGAAGGGCAAGAGGUCGAAUUGACUAUGCACGAUGGUACCGUACGUGACCUGUGCUUCCUCGAAGACACAUCAAACAAAUCGAGCCUUCUGAUCAGCGGAGGUGCUGGCGAUUGCAAGAUUUACGUUACCGAUUGCACGACUGGUACACCUUUCCAGGCCUUGAGUGGUCACAGCGGCCACGUGCUGACGCUUUACAAUUGGGGCGGAGCGAUGUUCGUCAGCGGAUCGCAGGAUAAAACAGUUAGAUUUUGGGAUCUCAGGACGAGAAGCUGCGUUAACAUGGUUACACCUGCGACGGUACCUGGCAGCCGGCAUCUGAUUCCAUUGCAGGUCGGCAGUCCUGUAGCUGCGCUAUGCGUGGAUCCUUCUGGCCGACUGUUGGUGUCCGGUCAUGAAGAUAGCAGUUGCGUUCUCUUUGAUAUUCGCGGCGGUAGAACGGUGCAGUGCUUCAAACCUCACGCGGCAGAUAUUAGGAGCAUACGAUUCUCACCGUCAGCGUAUUACUUAUUGACGGCGGGAUACGACAACAAAUUGGUACUCACAGACUUGCAAGGCGAUCUUACGAUGCCUCUACCUAGUGUCGUAGUUGCUCAACAUCAGGACAAAGUCAUCUCUGGACGUUGGCACCCGACGGAGUUCUCGUUUCUCAGUACUUCUGCUGACAAAACUGCAACUCUAUGGGCCUUACCACCUGUUUAAAGAUUCAGCAUGAUAAUUCAUGCACAGUUAUUUAUUCAUUUAUUCAAAUGUUCUUUUCAGAACAUUUUAACACAGUAAUUCAUCUUUGACAAUAUUUUCUAGAUUUAUUUCAUUUACGUUGGAUUGAUCCCACAAAAAGUUCAUGUUUUGAUUUUGACAAAUAAUUCCAUAGAUAUAACAACAAAACACGAAAUUUCGUAUUAAUUUUCUAACUUUGCAUAUUUUUACACAGUUUAAGUAUUUCUUACAUGACCAAUUAAAAUAUUAAUUUAUAUGACUGCAUUAUUAAUUCGCAGCGUAAUGCAUUGAUACGAAAGUAAAACGUUUAAAUGAUUAAAACGUAAUGAUUAAACACGCUUCGAAAACUCGGGUUAAAAAGGGAUAAAGAACGCGAUAUCAUGCGAGCAUUUAUAGUAUUAUUUUUAACUAUGAAUUUGAUAUUGGGAAUCAUAAGACUGCGGAUGAAUAAUCCCUCGCUUCUAUAAUGCUUUAGAGCUAUGCGAAGUUGGUUCGUGUACAUCGUUUGUUUUAAAUAUCUUCUUUUUCACAACAUGAGGAUGGAUUUUCAAAUUUCGAAAGAUAUUUUUCUGAUACAACACAUGCGUACUUAUUAGAACUGUGUUGUGAUGUGUCCUUUCUCCCAGUCUCUUUUAAUAUAACUUUGUUAUAAUUAGAGAUGUCUGUAUUUUGUAGAUACAUUGAUCUAAGUUAAGCGAAUUUUAGGAAUACGUUCUUGUACAAAGGACGUGUUAAUUUCUAGUUUUAAAUGCUCUCUUAUUUUCGCUCAGUAUCAUGUUUUUGCAUUUUUAAAUAGAAUUGCUCUAUUUCUCAUUUUAUUCUUGAGUUGUUAAAAAUUGUUGCUACAAUUAUUGCAACUUACGCGCGUGUUUAUUUUACAUGCUCCUUUAGAUGCUCCUACUUCCAUCUCCAUAUUAUCGACUCACAAGCCAAAUAUACACACGCGUUCUAGUACAUAGUCUAUAUAAAUAUAUAUAUGUAUUCGCGAAAGAAAUUAUACGUACGCUCAUACUAAUUGCUAUUUUUUACGGACUAAAAUAAUUAAUAUAAAUCAAGAGAGCGUCAAGCAAUUACGCGAUUCGUCGCGACAUGUGACUAAGUUUAUGCGAUUUGCGCAAAGAAGAAGAUAGUAUUCUUUAGUAUAAAGUCGUAAGGACUAACAAGGUUUAAGAUUUAAGAUUUAGAUUUAAGUUGCUUGUCGCAAUCGCCAAAGCUCGUAAUAGCAGCGAAACUAAAAAAAAAA